AGUCAAGAGGCUGAGUGUUCAGUCCGCCCCUCCUUUGGACCACUUGAGAUCCCGCUGAGCCUCGUUCUCGGGUUUCUGAGACACCAGACACAGGAAAGUUCUGGAUGCCCAGGCUACCCUUGCAAUCUGCUGUGCCUCCUCUGAUCUGGGCUCUGCAAGUGCCCACUUGGGUCCAAAGAGGCACUUGGGUCCCCAGAACUGCACCUUCACUACCCGCCCGGAUGUCCCUACCCACCCCCAGGAACCUCCUAGAGGCACCCUCCCCCGUCCACCAUCCCCUCCCCCAAACUACAGCCUGAGCUCGCUCUUGCGCGCGCGCUCUCCUGGGCCCAAGUGAAUAGUCCUAGCUCGAGCGGGACACGGUGGUGGAUGCAAUUCCCCUCGCCUCCAGCCGCCAGGAGCUCUCCGGCGGCGCAGGCAGCAUCGUCCCCUCAAGCAGCCGCUCCUGCACCUGGGCAGCCUGGACCCUCGUGCCCUGCUCACGGGGCCUCGCGCGGGGGGCGCCCCGGGACUUCCCCUGCGGACCGGGUGGAGGAGGAAGAGGAGGAGGAGGAAGAAGAGGGCUUGGUUCAGGACCCCCACCCCACUAGGAACACCUGGCUUCGCUGCUGCGGCCACUUCUUUUUAAGGAGGAGAAGAGAACCAGCGAGAGCCAUGGGGGGCUGCGAAGUCCGGGAAUUUCUUUUGCAAUUUGGUUUCUUCUUGCCCCUGCUGACAGCUUGGACCGGCGACUGCAGUCACGUCUCCAACCAAGUUGUGUUGCUUGAUACAACUACAGUGAUGGGAGAACUAGGAUGGAAAACAUAUCCACUGAAUGGGUGGGAUGCCAUUACUGAAAUGGAUGAACACAACAGGCCCAUACAUACAUACCAGGUAUGCAAUGUCAUGGAACCAAACCAGAACAACUGGCUUCGUACUAACUGGAUCUCUCGUGAUGCUGCUCAGAAAAUCUAUGUGGAAAUGAAGUUCACAUUGAGAGAUUGUAACAGCAUCCCAUGGGUCUUGGGAACGUGUAAAGAAACAUUUAAUCUGUAUUAUAUUGAAUCUGACGAAUCCCACGGAACUAAAUUCAAGCCAAGCCAAUAUAUAAAGAUUGACACAAUUGCUGCGGAUGAGAGUUUUACUCAGAUGGAUUUGGGUGAUCGCAUCCUUAAACUCAACACUGAAGUUCGUGAGGUGGGGCCAAUAGAAAGGAAAGGAUUCUAUUUGGCUUUUCAAGAUAUUGGAGCAUGCAUUGCUCUGGUCUCAGUCCGUGUGUUCUACAAAAAAUGCCCCUUCACUGUGCGGAACUUGGCUAUGUUUCCGGAUACCAUCCCAAGGGUUGACUCUUCCUCUUUGGUUGAAGUGCGGGGCUCAUGCGUGAAGAGUGCUGAGGAGCGAGAUACUCCUAAACUCUACUGUGGAGCUGAUGGAGACUGGCUCGUCCCUCUUGGAAGGUGUAUCUGCACUACAGGGUAUGAAGAAAUCGAGGGUUCUUGCCAUGCUUGCCGGCCAGGAUUCUAUAAAGCAUUUGCUGGGAACACAAAAUGUUCCAAAUGCCCUCCCCACAGCUCAACCUUCGUGGAAGCAACUUCGGUCUGCCAUUGUGAAAAGGGUUACUUCCGGGCAGAAAAAGACCCACCUUCUAUGGCGUGUACUAGACCACCUUCAGCUCCUAGAAAUGUGGCUUUUAACAUUAAUGAAACAGCCCUUAUUUUGGAAUGGAGCCCACCCAGUGACACAGGAGGGAGAAAAGAUCUCACAUAUAGUGUAAUCUGUAAGAAAUGUGGCGUAGACGCUAGCCAGUGUGAAGACUGCGGUGCAGGACUUCGAUUCAUCCCAAGACCCACCGGACUUAUCAACAAUUCCGUGGUAGUACUUGACUUUGUGUCUCACGUCAAUUAUACCUUUGAAAUAGAAGCCAUGAAUGGAGUUUCUGAGUUGAGCAUUUCUCCCAAGCCAUUCACAGCUAUUACAGUGACCACAGAUCAAGAUGCACCUUCUCUGAUAGGUAUGAUGAGGAAGGACUGGGCAUCCCAGAACAGCCUUGCCCUAUCAUGGCAAGCACCUGCAUUUUCCAAUGGAGCCAUUCUGGACUAUGAGAUCAAGUACUAUGAGAAAGAGCAUGAACAGCUCACCUAUUCCUCCACGAGGUCCAAGGCCCCAAGUGUCAUCAUCACAGGCCUCAAGCCAGCCACCACGUACAUAUUUCAUAUCCGAGUGAGGACUGCGACAGGAUACAGUGGCUACAGUCAGAAGUUUGAAUUUGAAACAGGAGACGAAACUUCUGACAUGGCAGCGGAACAAGGGCAGAUCCUGGUCAUAGCCACGGCAGCCGUCGGGGGAUUCACUCUCCUAGUUAUCCUCACUUUGUUCUUCCUCAUCACUGGGAGGUGUCAAUGGUACAUCAAGGCCAAAAUGAAGUCAGAAGAGAAGAGAAGAACACACUUACAGAACAGCCACCUGCGCUUCCCAGGAAUCAAAACCUACAUUGAUCCAGAUACUUAUGAAGACCCAUCUCUAGCUGUCCACGAAUUUGCAAAAGAGAUUGACCCUUCAAGAAUUCGCAUUGAGAGAGUGAUUGGAGCAGGUGAAUUUGGAGAAGUCUGCAGUGGGCGUUUAAAGACACCAGGGAAAAGGGAAAUCCCAGUUGCCAUUAAAACCUUGAAAGGUGGCCAUAUGGACCGACAAAGAAGAGAUUUUCUAAGAGAAGCUAGCAUCAUGGGUCAGUUUGACCACCCAAACAUCAUUCGCCUAGAAGGUGUUGUUACUAAAAGAUCCUUCCCAGCGAUUGGGGUGGAAGCCUUCUGCCCCAGCUUCCUAAGGGCUGGGUUUUUAAAUGGCAUCCAAGCACCACAUCCAGUGACUGCAGGAGGCUCUCUGCCCCCCAGGAUCCCUGCAGGCCGGCCAGUAAUGAUCGUGGUAGAGUAUAUGGAGAAUGGAUCUCUAGACUCCUUUUUGCGGAAGCACGAUGGCCACUUCACCGUCAUCCAGUUGGUCGGCAUGCUUCGGGGCAUUGCAUCAGGCAUGAAGUAUCUUUCCGACAUGGGAUACGUUCAUCGAGACCUAGCAGCUAGGAACAUCUUGGUGAACAGCAACUUGGUAUGCAAAGUCUCUGAUUUCGGCCUCUCCCGAGUGCUGGAAGACGACCCAGAAGCAGCUUAUACAACAACUGGUGGAAAAAUACCUAUAAGGUGGACAGCCCCAGAAGCUAUCGCCUACAGGAAAUUCUCCUCAGCGAGUGAUGCCUGGAGCUACGGGAUUGUCAUGUGGGAGGUGAUGUCCUAUGGAGAGAGACCAUACUGGGAAAUGUCCAACCAGGAUGUUAUUUUAUCCAUUGAAGAAGGUUACCGACUUCCUGCUCCAAUGGGCUGCCCACCGUCGCUGCACCAGCUGAUGCUCCACUGCUGGCAGAAGGAGAGAAACCACAGGCCAAAAUUCACUGACAUCGUCAGCUUCCUGGACAAACUGAUUCGCAACCCCAGCGCCCUUCACACGCUGGUGGAGGACAUCCUCGUAAUGCCAGAAUCCCCUGGUGAUGUUCCUGAAUAUCCACUGUUUGUCACAGUGGGUGACUGGCUGGAUUCUAUAAAGAUGGGGCAAUACAAGAGUAACUUCAUGGCAGCGGGUUUUACAACAUUUGAUCUGAUUUCAAGAAUGAGCAUCGACGAUAUUAGACGAAUCGGAGUCAUACUCAUUGGACAUCAGAGACGAAUAGUCAGCAGCAUACAAACUUUACGUUUACAUAUGAUGCACAUACAGGAGAAAGGAUUUCAUGUAUGAAAGUACUAUAAACACCUGUAUUUUGUGCCUCAGCAUUUCUACAAAGAAAACUAUCCCCUCUACGACUCAUUCUUCUGAUUCUCCAGACGUCCCUUCACAUCCCACAGUAUCCCGUUCAGACUAUGGCUGCACACCUUGCGUUUCUGCCUCCAUCCGGGAUUUCAAUAUCAUGCUACACAGGACCUCUCUGAAUAGCCUGCAAACGAAACUCUGGCCCACUGCAGAUUAUCACUGCGUAACGAUAGAUAACUCAGCAUGAAUGCGUGACUUUGUAUAGAAAUGUUGGGGAAGUGUUCAUGGACUUAACCUGAAGGAAUUUGUCCUUACGUGUGGCAUCUUCAGAGACGUAUGUGGAGUUUGAUGAUAGAUAAGAAGGAAAUAGUUGACCAUUCUUCCAUGUUUUGUGAUCAAGUAGCUUUCAACUUCACAUACUUCUUUUUCAAUAGAGUUACUCAAAUCUACAGGUUGUGCUGUUGUUUUAUUUUUAAUAACUGUUGGUGCCUGAUGUUGUUACAAUGAUUUGCAGAACUAAUUAAUGAUUCCAUGUAGUGCAAUUGUGUCAGGUGUGAAUACAGUAUGAAGGGCAUUGUUGGGGAGGGAGACGGACAAAAAUACUGUGCUUUUAAAUCUUCUAAGGCUGGGUUUGUCUAUAUUUUUUAAUUAACUUUAUAGGGUUCUACACAUUUCAUAGUAGGUGAUUGUUUAGAGGCUUUUCCCCCCUCUAAUUUUUUUACUAACUGUACUGUAUUUCUCUAGUAUGUUACAAGAAUCACCCUUGGAAAGACUGAGAGUGAAUCCAUUGCUCUAAAAGUUUUCAUAGAUGGAUGCGUGGAGUGAACAUAUGGCUGUUCCCUUGAAUUCAUCGUCACAAGUUUGAAAAAAAAAGUUAUCAAAGCAUUGAGAAAAUUAAUUGUUCACAGGACUUCUUUGAAUAGGCCUAACAUAGUAGACAUAGAUUUAAUGCGAGAUGGUUUACUUGAUUUAAGACAGCUUAAAGCCGCCCGAGAUAAUAAAUGUAUUGUGUUGGGUGAUGAUUGGUAUAUUUUCCAAAUUUUAAAAUGCAAUGUUUUGUUCACAAAAAUAAGUUACAUGAACACAGUUUUCCAAAUCUUCUAAAAAAAAAGAUAGAUAUCACAAAUAUGAUAUAAAUAGAUCUCACAUUUAAGCAUAUAGAAAUGCUUUUAGUGUGUGUGUGUGUGUGUGUGUGUGUGUGUGUGUGUGUGUGUGUGUGUGUGUAAACCUUGGUCUAUCAUAGAAUAUAAGAACACAUCUGAGGUGUGUUGUCAUAAUCACCUCUGAAGCUUGCAGCAAAAAAAGCAAAUAUAUUUUUCCAGUGAAUUUCUCAGCUUCUCAAAAUAAUGUUCCUUUUGAAACAAAUUUAAUGAUAAAAUCAUCUGCUCCCCCAUGAAACUACAAAACUUACCAUUGGGAUGAGUGAAGAAUAAACCAUGUAUUGAGGGAGGAAAAAUGCAGAGCAGGUUGUCUAAAGAUGCAGAUUGGGUGAACUUUUAUGUGAUGUCAGAGAGAAAGAUAUCCCUCUCCGCAUUCCCAAACUCCUACCUAAUUGAGAGAGGGUAAAGCUAUUUCUACUCAACGAACCUCACUUCCCCUCUUAAUUCUUGUUUGUAGGAUUUUCUUAUUGUCCCUUCAUACUGGAUUCUUCCACUCUGUUUCUUUAGCUGAUCCACCUCUCUCCUUUUCUUUUCUCCCCUUUUAUUGCUGCUUAAUUUUUUUCAUUCCGAAAAAAGGCAUGUAUGGAGAUAAAAGGAUGUCUUUAGCGUAUUCUUUAACUGUACUGAGAAGGGAAAAGUGGACAUUCCAUCACUUUUAAGUAAGUGUGUUAGAAAUAGCUAACAACAUAUUCCAGCCACCUACAUGCAUGGCCAUACGUCACUCAUAGACUCUCUGCAGUUUGCUUGAUACAUUUACACAAAUCUGGACACACUUAGGGGAAACAUAAAAUUUCCAUAUUUAUCUGAAUUUAAAUAUCUAUGAAAUGAUAACAGAUAUAAACAGAUGAUUAAAUUUAUUAAUCAUAUAUAUUUAUUUUUAUAAUACAACAAAAAUGUAUUUAGAAAAAUAAAAAAUAGAAUAAUACGCUCCAUCAUAAGACUCUGUCAGUAGCAACUGUAUGCCUUGAUGAAGUCAAUUCUAUAAUAGUAUUUAAAGGUCUGGGGAUUUACAUUCAGUGAUGGCACGAUUUUUAAAAAAAAAACUUAUUUUCUUUCAAAAUUCUGAUGAUGCAAUUCUAUUUCUAGUUAAUUUGUAUUUCUAUCUCAUGUCUUUUCUGACAUGAAAUACUUAUUAGAUACUUAUUAGAACACUUUCCUUUUCCUCCCCCCCCCAAUAUCCUCUUUCAAGUUUUAUGAAACUAUGUUUAUAAUUUACCAAGCUAUGAGCAUGAUAAUGUUAAAUAUACUUAUAAACUUUAUCAUGGGCAGGGUAAGGAAGAAAUACGUAUACAAUUAAGCAGAAAUAUUAAAAUAUAACAAGAUCUAUUUCUUUGCUGCAUAGUGGUCAUGUACCCUGUGACCCAGGGGGAAGUUAAGUCCAGGAAUAAUAACAAUGGCUAAAAUAACAAAUUCAGCUGAAAAUAAACAUUCUGAGAGUUGCUGGUGCCUAUGUGCAAAAACUAAAUUUAUUUCACACAUACAAGGAUGAAAUAAUUAUCCCCAAAUAAACUAAUGACUUUCAUAAUUACAGUUAGGCACGAUCUCUUAUAACUAACGUGCACAAAUACAUUAUGUACUUGCCUUUAAGAAAUCUUAAUAGAUUCUAAUGAGCGAAUUUUUGGAAUUUUGAAAAUCAUGCCAUGUAAAUUUUUAUCUGCUUGAUAAUCAACUUCUGGUCUAUAGUCAAAAAUGUAAAAUGAAUGUACAAUCAAGAAGAAAGAGGGUGUAUUUAAAUCAUUCAACUAAAAAAUUGUAUAAAAUGGUGACAGUGUGGCAGGGAGGGAGCAUUGCAGAGCUGCCUUGUCACUGCUGAUAACUGAGUUGUGCAUGCUACAAUCACAGGUUUAUUACUUUGGGUCUCACUCCUUAAAAAUCUACCCAGCUGUAAACUGAAUAAGGCGGUCACAACUCGAGAGCUCACAGCCCGUAAUAGAAAAGAAAGCCAAAUUUAAUCUGGGAAAAGUUUUUAUAAAGUUCUCUACAGCAGGGAUAGUGAAGAGGAAAUUGCAUAUCACCCAGCCUGUGUCCUAAAUGUCUACUUUGAUAUCUCUCUCUAUUAAAUUUACGUUCUGUGAGAAAGUCGGUUAAACUCUCAAGAUUUUUUUUUUACCGGUAUUGUCUUUUUUUCCCUCUUCCUUUAUUACAUUUUUAGCCUCCCUGUUUUCUGUUUAAAUUCCCCUUCCUAUCUCUUUCUGUCUCAGGUUCCAUCAACACACUCAUUAUGUCAACACAGCAAAGCACAGCAAGUCUAUAAAGGCCCAGUAAAUGUCCGUGGAUGGGGCUGGAUGGCGGGGCCGGCUGCAAACCAUUAAAGCUUUGAUAGGCUGGGUCUUAGCACACAAAUGGGAGCUUCAGGUCAGAGGGCGAGGGUUCUGACUCUGCUUAAUAGAAAUUAAGCACAAAGGAAAGAAAAAUUCAAAAUGCAAGAUAAUUAUUUUCUGCUGCUUCAGUUAGCUCAGGAAGUCUGAUAUUAAAUAAAAAAGAAAUUAGCAUUUUAAGGACCAAAUGCUAACGUAUAGGAAAUCUGUGUAUUUCUGCCGAAAAGAGGUUCAAAGCUGAUGCCUCACUUCGUACGUUAUGAUCACCUUAACUUUCACAACACGAAUGUCAUGUAUAUUUUGAUGCUUUUCCUUCAGAGACUCUAAACCAUAGAGAAGUAGAUUGGGCACAACUGAGGACAUUUAUUUUGUCUUUCAGGCAUUGAGGUCAUAAUUUUUCCUUUUUAUAAUCAACAUUUGUGACAUCCUCUAUCGUUUUUAUAAUGUUCAAAAGAGGAUAAAUUUUCUUUGCUAUCAUUGAACAAAUAGGUGGACAAAACCACGUGCCUCUCCUCCAUACAAGUAUUCUUCACAAAAAUGAAUUUAAGCACACUGUCAUUCGUUUCCACUGAUCCUCGAGUUUAAAUUUUAGAGACUGGAGACUCCUUGCAGUUUGCUAUGGUCCUCUGCCACGGGGGAUUAGAUCUUGCCACAGAAUAAGAAUAAACACACAGGAACUAGCCAUGUGUGGAUCGCACUUCCAAUCCCCCUCAGAAACAGAUGUUUCGAUUCUGGUUUGGUAGAAGGAAUCAUGCUUGUAAGUUCUCUAAGUUACUCUCAUCAGAAAUCCAUCCAUAUAUGAACUCAUUUCUCACAUAGCCUUUAAAAAUAUCAUUUUUUUCCCUUCAAACCAAACCUGAAAUUUUAAUCUCUACCUGGAGCUGAUUUUUCUAGAAAAUGUAACAAUAUGUACUUCAAAGCUUGCAUAAAAUGGUUUCAAAUUAACCAGGAAAGGAAGUGAUUGCUCAUGCCUACAUCUAACAGAGGCACCGGGGAGAAAAACCUUAGACUGUAUAAAACUAAACAUCCAAUCUUCCUCUUAGUGUUCCCUUAAAAUGUCAAGAAUUAGUCGAUAUUUUAAAGAUUCAUUAGAAAACUAAUGGGGUUUUGUUAUAAGGAGAUGUGGCAUGAUACAUAUGUCUUCUGGGAAUAAAGAUGAAAGGGUUUAGGAUACAGGUCAUCUGGGUGUAUUUAACUAACCUUUUAUACUGAGUAGUAGUUAGAUAAGAAUUAUCAUUAUGUCAAAUUAUUUUGAGCAUCCUUACACCUUGGCUUGAGUUAUCUAUAACAAGGCUUCAGUUCUUUGCUCUCGAGGCAAAUGUUUUGUUUGGUUGUCAGAUUGCUCUUUUGAAAUCAUGGAAUAUAUCUAAAUGUCUAGCUUUUGAAGUUACUGCAUGUUAAAAUGAAGCAAGUAAGUUAAGAGAACUAGAAUUUAGAAGGGAGGAAAAGGACAUCUAAAUAAACUUCCAUUUUUCAAAAGAGAAUCUGACAACUUCAAAGCUUGGGCAUGUCAAUUGUGUCGAACCACUUCUCUAUUUAACAUAUUCCAAAUCAAAGCAAUUUUUAUAAGCAAAACGAAGAAUGCCCUUACUUAAAUUGCUACACCCAUUUGUCAGAUUGCCGUCUUUUCUUCAAAAGGGAACUAUUUGUUUCAUAGUGAGGAAAAUCUAAAAGCUGAUUCUCCUAUCCUUAAGCACAAGAAGUCUUGUUGUUGUUGUUGUUGUUUUGUGAGAGGGGUUAGAAUAGCAAAUGAAAACAAUAUCACAGAAUGAUGCUUAAGUGUAAUACAGAGAAUUGUGCAUACUAGGAUGGGGUAUAUGUGAACCACAUUCCCAGGGCACAUAGUUUCCAGUUUCCUAUUAGCAUAUAAGGUACAGGUUAACCGUACAUUUAUCCCACAAGUUGUAAAUUCAAAAAGUAUUUAUUCUAUUAACGGUAGUCUCUCAAGUAACAUAAUCUGUCCUUAUCCAUGUUUCUACAUUGAUUUUUAUCUCCUAGUAGUCUUUCAUCACAACAGCAUUUUUAGGUGGUGUGUAAAUCAGAACAACUGAGAAGUGGGAAACAGUACUUCAGAAUCCUAUUCAGCUGGCGUCAGGAUCUCUGUUUCAUUAUCCUCACAGAAAGGAAGAUGCAACUCUGUCUCCAGAUAGUAAAGAAAACUCUGGACACCUAAGAACCAUUGUUGUCUAUGAAUCCCAUUCAGAUUUUAUAUGUAGUCACAAUUGUUUUUAUGAGUUACACAAGAGCUUAUCAACUAUUGUUUGUGGUUUUGUGCUGAUGCACAAGCCCAAGAUCUUUCCAAAGAAAGCAAGUACUGGACCACUGGGUUUCUCCCCUCACCACUGCUCAUAUGUGCAUUUUGUUACAAGUUUGUCCACAUUUGUGGUUCCCACAUAAGACACUCUUUGGUUUCCUGUCUUCAAGAAAGAGCUAAUAUCAUUUUUAGUGUUUAAAAUCAUGUUAUAUGAUGUGGGGGAGAAAGCCAAUUCCUAAAACAAACCAUAAAUGUCAAGGUUUCAACUGAAGUGCUCUGCUGCUUCUAUGAUGUCAUGAAUCUUUUCUAUGUUGAGUUAUUUGUAAAAUUGGCUGUUUGUGUUCCGGACAGAACUUGAUUUCAUAUAUAUUUCAUUUAAAUAUAUCUUUAUCCAAUCUUAAGAGAUGAAACAGUAUAAUUUUAUUGCCUCAAUUUAUCAUGGGUAGUAGUAUUUGUUCCUUAUAAUCCUCAUCCCAGGAUAGUCUUAUCAAAGCCAUGAUGACAUUUUAACUGGGCAUGCUUUAUCCGUUUACAUAUAUUUGCUUUCCUUUACUAAAUCUGCUUAAAAUAAGGUCUUUACAAACUCGAAGAAAUAGAAACCAGUAGCUACUCAGUGGCUAAGGAUUGUGUAACUGAAUGAGCUAUAUUCCCAUCAAGGAGGUUGAUGUGAUGAUCACUGUUUAAAACCAACAUGUUUUGAUAUGAUAAAUAUCAUUGCCAUAAACAUUCAAAGUAUCAUUAAGACAAUGCUGAAUAUUAUAGACAAUGAAUGAAUAAUGAAGCUUUAAUUUUUCCUGUACUAUAUGGAAACCACUUAAUAUAUAUAUGUUUUUCUUUGAAGUUUUUAAUAUGUUCUCUCUUCCUGUGAGAUAUAUAUAUACAUAUAUAUAGUUCUUUAAAGAACAUUAUAUCAAUAUAUUGACACUAUGCAAAACUGUCAAAACUGUCAUUUACUUUUUAUAAAAACAUAGAGCUUCCAUUCAAUUUUAUGUUUUUUCUUUUAAAUUAGACCUUCAAGAUAAAUAGAAAAUAUAAAUAAAACUUGAAAUGGUAUCAUUUGGGGGCAGAGGGGUACAAUAUUAGAGCAGUAGUAACAGAAAUGAAUAUGAGGAACACUCGAUUUUAAAGAUCAUUGAAUGUGUUUCAUUUCUGAUAUCAUAUUAAUCAUUUUGCUAAAAUGACUCCUAGAUUGUGACACUGAAAAUAUGUAUAUAGAAUAUAAAUGCAUUUGAGAAACUUACUUUCCCAUGAGUUUAGUUUUCAUCUUGAGCUAGGAAAAUAUCAACUGUUUAAAUUUUGUUUUGAAAGGGUAUUUUUUUUUAUUAUAUAUACAGCGUUCUGCCUGCAUGUAUACCUUCGAGCCAGAAGAAGGCACCAGAUCUCAUUACAGAUGGCUUUGAGCCACCAUGUGGUUGCUGGGAAUUGAACUCAGGACCUCUGGAAGAGCAGUCAGUGCUCUUAACCACUGAGCCAUCUCUCCAGUCUGAAAGGGUAAUAUUUGACUAGUAGAGCUUACUAAAUUUUGGUUAUGCUUGUAGUAAUGACUUCAUAUUUAAAAAAUGCAAGCAUAGUAUUAACUAUAACAUUAAUGACAAGUAUUACAGAUCAAAAAGUAAUAAAAUGACAUGUUAAAAUGGUUCCUUCAUUUAAAAAGAAAAUAAUUCAAAAAGCAGCAGCUAACAUCAUGUCGUAUUGUUCUUAUUGGCAAUUUUGAAACUUAAAUGCAUUUUGAGAAUGUGGAUAUAUAAAUAAUUCUAUGAAAAUAUAUAUUCCAUUUAAUUAAAAAAAAUCCUACAAGACCAUCCAAAUAAAACAACUACGUUUUAAAAAUACACUUUUUGAUUUCUACUUUUCUACAUUUCUAAGAAAUGUAAUCAAAAGAUUUUUAAAUAAUAAUUCAUUAAACAUACCUGUCAAAAUAUUUUAUACAUGGUAAUAAAUUACUCAAUUCAUGGAUUUUUUUCACUCCUGUCAUUAAAUUUAAAACAGUUUUAAAAGACACUGAAAAACCAACAUGAAAUACAGUAUCUUCAUAAACAUUUUAUGUUACACUUUGAUUUCUACGUGACAUUUUGAACGUAGAAUGCUUAUGUUCUUUCUUUCCCCAAUUGCUUUAGAAGCCACUGAUAGGAGUCUGAAUUUAAAGGGAGUGUUUGUAUUGUCAAUUUUUUGAAAUAGAGUCUCACUAACUAGCCCAGGCUGGCCUCAAUACCCUCCUCCUCUGUUCCUGGGUGUUGAGAAUAUAAAGUUGUGUAUGGGGACUAUAGUUACACGUUUUAUAUUUCCAUUCACUCACAUAACAUUAGUAACCUUCAAAUUCUCAAAAAAAAAAAAAACAAAUUCAUUAUAGUGGCUAAAAUUUCCUUUUUGUGGUUCUUCUUUUAACUCACACUAGCCAGAUAUCCUGUAAGGUCAGCUCGAAAAAGCAAAUUGUUUUACUGUCCCAGUCGGAGAAACACAAAAAGGGAAUCCACAAUUCACUCAGUGAACUUAGGAUAGUAAUGUAUGCUUUUUCUAGCUACUGGUGUUUAUUUGAUGUUUAAAAGUUCACUGAAUACGGUAUUCAAACAAAAUCAAAUAGCUAUUGCAUUUUUAUAGGACCUUUUUAUAUAGUAUAAAUAGGAUAAAAAUUUUGGUUUAAAAAUACUUGUACAGCUAUAUUAAAAUGUCAUAUGAAAAAUUGAAAGGAACACCCAUGAAAGGAGUGAGAACAGAGUUCUCACAGAGAGAGCAGGGUAGAGUUGUGAAUCUGGAGGGGGUGAGUAUAUGAAGAGAAUGAUACAGUGGAAUGAGGGAAACCAGCAAUUGAUUUAUCGGUAGUGAAAAAAGAGCUUUAGAGUCCAAAAGUCGAAUUUGGUUUUGGCUACACAGUGCCAUAAAUAACUAGUAGAUAAUCAAAUGGAACUGUUAUGUGGAGAUUUGUAGGCUGAGGAGAUAGCUCAGCAGUAGAUUGAUUGCUUUACUCACAAGCUUGAUGACAUGAAUUUAAAUCCCCCAAGCCCCCAUUUUUAAAAAUCUGGCACCAUGACACUCUCAUAGUCCUACAGUUGGUAGGUGUAGACAAGAGGGUCCCUGAGGCUUGCUGGUCCGCCAGUUUAACUUAAUUUUAAGUUCCAGGUCAGUAAAAGACCCUGUCUCAACAUAAUGGUGGAUGGCAAUUGAGGAACGUCAGUCAAAUUUGUUGUCUGGCCUCUACAUGCACACACACACACACACACACACACACACACACACACACACACACACACACAAGCUGUUACAUUUGAGUGUUGAAGGACCAAUUAAGACUGGAGAUCAAGAACUGAAGUCCAUUAGUCUAUGUAUCAGUAUUCACAUUUUUAAGACCAAGAAUAAUCUUAUAUAAUAGAAAAGUAGGUCCAGGAUUGAGCUCAAAAUGAUUCUAGUGUUUAGGGAUUAGACAGAGAUCAAGAAGCUACUAAAAUAAAAGUUUUUAUUAAUAAAAAUACAGGAAAGAGAAAUGCAGCUGAUUUGGUGCUUUUAAGUCAACAUCAUUGCUAGAGAGAUGGCUUAACAGUUUAUGUAUACUGUUCUUGCAGAGGUCCUGAACUCCGAACUCUGUUCUAGCAAUCACAUGCGCAAGCUCACAACAGUUGGCCUAUCAUAGCAGCUCUACAGGAUCUGGUACUCUUUUCUAGCCUCCUGUGGCAUCCCACAAAAUGUCUCUAUGAACACAGAUACAUGCAUACAAAGUUCAAAAUAAUAGUAAAUCUAAAAACAAAACAACAACAACAAAGGAAAAAAGUCAAGAUCAUAACCAAGUGCUGGUCAUUGGAUAAUGGCAACUUUGUCUAGAAUGCUCUCUUUGAGGUCCUUACUGAGGGCAGUCUCUAGGAAGCACUGAAGUCAAAGCCUGAGUGCAAUGGCUGAGAAGACAGGUAGGAAAUGGAAUCAGAAUUUGUGAGCAAGUCAUCAAAAGUAUUUGGUGUGACAGAAGCCAGGCUAAAUGGGACAGAGCAAAGGAGCUGUGGGGUCAGGAAGAAGAGAGUCACAGAAAAAGGCUGCAGUGAUUCGUUGGUAUUCAAGCCGAGUAAAGAGGCUGCUUUUAAAGGAGCAGAAGUCCAGUGCAAGGGAAAGGACUGAGCAACUUACAGCUUAUUUGGUAGAUCUGUGGUGGAAAAGGCAGAAGAUGUGGCUGUGUGGAUAGUUUGAUUUAGAGAAAAGUCAAUGGGGUUGGGAAGGGCGUGUAAGUUGAAAGUGUAGUUGUAAGUUGUUAAAGUAGGAAAGUGUGUGUGUGUGUGUGUGUGUGUGAUAUUUGACUUUAUGCAUAGUAAAUAGUGAGGAAAACGAAAUAUUUCAAAGGCAUCUUCAUCGAAUAGUUUAAGAUAUCUUACUAGAAAACCCAACACUUGAUUCACUUGAUUUUUCCAAGGACUCUAAUGAGGUUUCUCUGCCCAGAUAGUAGAGAUUGAGGACUUCUCAAGGGUACCAGGAUUUGUCCUGUUUUCUUACUUAUGUUUGCCUAUUACAGAGUAAAUGGCAGAAACAUUUGGUACAUGUUCUAUCAAAAGCUAUGAAAAUUAAAACAGUUUUAGUCCUAAAAGAGGUUGCAGUGUUUAUUUACCUGGACGGUAUCCUCAAAUCCUAUUUUAGAAGUGCUUAAGCUCCUAUCUAAAUUAAAAAAAAAAAUAGGGGUGAAGAUAUUGACCUUUUAGGAGAAAAUAUUUUUGUUUUGUUUACAUCUAGAAAACACUGUAAAAUAUGUUGUCAUUUAGAAGAAGUAGACAGGCGAUACAAGGGUAUUUUGUUAAUUGUCCCUCUAGACUUAAAAGGAUUAAAAAAAAAAACAGUGCUGGGUGCUCCAUUUCUGGAUAAGCUGUAGCCAAUGUGUGGAGAUUUAAAGAUGCAUAUUUCUUCUUUGGCUUUAUGUGAAAUUAGAUUGUGACUAAUGGGAUAAGAUUGUUCCUCAUAUUUUUGCUACUCUAUUAUAACCUAAAAUAUAAAUAUGUAAGUAUAUAUUCCUAUUUGCUUAAACACUUCAAAUAUUUAAACCUUCGAAUUUUAAAUGGUAGACAUUCUCAGUGCAUUCAAAAUAUUAAAUACAAAUGUCUUUGUGGCACAAAUCCUAAAAAAAAAAUACUAAAUAGUGUAUUCCGUAUAAUACCUAGAUAAUAUCUGUCUAGACUUAUUUAAUCCUCCUCAGAGAUUAUAUUUUACUAAUCAAAAUCUGCAGCCACAAUACUUUUCCCUGUAAGUUAAGGAUUUUUAAAAUCUUUCCUUGUUAACGGACUAGAGGUUAUCAUUCUUCAAGUGUCUAGUGCUAUAGCUAUGUAUUUCGCAAGAGGGUUUGGAUCUGUUUGUGACAAUGAGGAGGGAUAGCACCGCAUCAUGUUUUCUGUCUGGAAUCAUAUGACUACUUAGGGCAUAAAUGUUUCUCCAAGGUCGCUUGUUCAGUCGAUGUUUCUGUUUUAGUUGUAAUUCCAAUAUGGUAGAGACACAAAUGCAGCAAAAUGGCGCUACUGGAACUGCAAUCUCCCCUACUACCUACUUGACCAGAGCAGUGAAGUACUUCAGUUUCGUUGGAAGGUGGUACUAUUUUCAUCUUAUGAAAAACUAUAAUAUUCCAUGUAAAUGUUCAUGUGCUGGCAUGCAAACAAGGCAAUAGUGUUAUAGAAUGUCUGGCUCCCAGUAUGAGGAGUUGUUUAUGGUGGAUUGAAUUAUGCUUGUCAUCUAGUUGCUGAAAGGAUAUGGUGUUUAGCGAAAGAACCUGCUGAGCAAUGUAGUAAGAUUUUUGUACAAAGUACAAAUUGCUAAUUAUUGUAUUUUAUUUUUCUAUGAUUUCCUAAAAGGCAUUAUCAGGGUCUUACAGAUGGAGAAAGCCUGUUUAUUAAAAUAUCUAUUACCAAAUAAAAGUUACAGUUUUGGUGGUUGA